UUGAAAGCGACCGUAAACUGCGACAUGGGGGAGGGAUUCUCCUUGUACACCAUGGGAGAUGACGAAGGUCUUAUGAAGACAAUCCAUUUAGCAAAUAUUGCCUGUGGAUUCCAUGCUUCCGACUUCUCAGUCAUGAACAAGACAGUUGCACUCGCCAAGUCCAACAAUGUUCUCGUAGGCGCCCACCCUUCCUUGCCUGAUUUACAAGGCUUUGGGCGUCGUGAGAUGGCAAUUGAGCCGGACGAGCUAGAAUCCUGCUUCAUCUAUCAGGUCGGUGCAUUGGACGGGUUUUUAAAACGCUACGGCCUUCCAAUGAAUCACAUCAAACCCCACGGCUCUGUCUAUGGUCAGACAGCACGCUCCAUCGACCUCGCACGGGCAGUUGUGGGUGUCACAAAGGUCUUCAAAGCUAGCGCGGCCGGUCCUCAAGGUGUAGCCUUUAUGGGGCUCGCUGGAACAGCUCAUCAACAAGCUACAGAAGAGCUGGGUGUGCCGUUUAUUGCAGAGUGGUUUGCUGACCUUGAUUACAAUGACGAGGGGAAAUUGUUGAUCACGAAGAAGCAUGAUCCAGUACCCAUUGAAGUCGUGCGUCAACGAGUCAAAAACCUUCUAAAGCUCCACAAAGUUUCUACGGUCGGAGGCAAGCUGCUUGACAUCGGAGCAAAUGUCACUGAGGUUUCCAUAUGCUGCCAUUCCGAUACUCCCGGUGCGGUUGAAAUCGCCCAAGCAGUGAAAGCCUUGGUGGACGAAAGCAACAGAGAAGCCGGUUAUGUGUAAGCGGUGGCAGAGAAUCUCAUAAAUAAGUACAAGAGGUUUCAGUCCAAAAUUCCACGGACCACAUUUUGAAGACGAUAACAACGACCAUCAAUUUUAAUGACUGGAACCCAAGCGAAUAAGG